UCUCCUUCUUCCUCUCAACCACACUCACCCUAAUUUCAAAUUCAAACGCCAACCCAGUUGACCCCUUCCUCCCCCUUUCAAUACCCACUUCUCCGUUUCCCGAUCGUUUCACCUCCAGGGAGAAGAACAAUGAAGCCUCCGAACCUGGCCUUGACGCCUCUUUUUCUGGUUUUGUUGUGUGCUUUUUUUCUCGGCUUCACCGCCGGCGACGAUCUGGCUUCCGACAGAGAGGCCCUGCUGGCCUUCAGAGCUGCCGUGGGAGGCCGCUCGACGCUGUGGAACGUGACGGAGACCAACCCCUGUUCCUGGUCUGGCGUUAAAUGCCUGUCGGACCGAGUCACUGAGUUACGAGUCCCCGGUUGGGGACUCAAUGGCCCUCUGCCUCUGGGUCUCGGAAACCUGACACAACUCCAAGCCCUGUCUCUCCGCGAAAACGCGCUUUUCGGCGAACUUCCCCCCGACUUUGGCAACCUCGUCAAUCUUGUCGGUCUCUACUUGCAAGGUAACAGGUUUGAGGGCCCCAUUCCUGAGUUUAUGUUCGGUUUGAAGAGCCUGCAGAGGUUGGAUCUCUCUCAGAAUAAAUUUUCGGGUGAGAUUUCUCCGGGGUUUAAUAAGUUGAGUAAUUUAGUGUCCCUGCAUUUGGAGGAGAAUCAGCUUAAUGGUUCAAUCCCAGAGUUGGAUUUGCCGGCUCUGGGACAGUUCAACGUGUCUUAUAACAGGCUGAAGGGUUCGGUACCCGGUAAGCUUUCGGGUUGGCCGGCGGAGAUAUUUGUAGGGAACUUGCAGCUGUGUGGGAAGCCGUUGACGGAUUGUAAUGGGACUGAGAGUGGGAGUGGGAGUGGUAGUAAAAAGAAGCUUUCGGGUGGAGCAAUUGCGGGUAUUGUGAUAGGUUGCUUGGUUGGAUUCUGUCUUAUUGUUGUGGUUUUGUACUUCUUGUGUGGGAGAAAGAAAAAAGGGGAACAGGGUGGUGCGCCGCGGAAUGUUGAGGCUGGUGCUGUCCCAAAGAGAUCAUUGGAGGCGGAGAGUUUGAGUGGUGUGUACUCCACUGCACAAAAGGGGAAUGCGAAUGGCAAGAACUUGGUGUUUUUCGGGAAUGUGGUGAAGGUGUUUGAUUUGGAGGAUUUGCUGAGGGCGUCGGCUGAGGUACUUGGGAAGGGGACUUUCGGGACGGCUUAUAAGGCGGCUUUGGAAAUGGGGGUGUCCAUGGCAGUGAAGAGGUUGAAGGAAGUGAAUGUAUCGGAGAAGGAAUUUAAGGAGAAGAUGGAUGAGAUUGGGCACAUGGAGCAUGUGAACUUGGUGCCACUCAGGGCUUACUAUUAUAGCAGAGAUGAGAAGCUUCUGGUUCAUGAUUACAUGCCUAUGGGAAGCUUGUCUGCUCUUUUACAUGGGACCAGAGGCUCUGGAAGGACUCCAUUGAAUUGGGAAACUAGGUCUGGCAUUGCUGUUGGUGUUGCUCGUGCAAUUACAUACUUACACUCUCAUGGUCCCACAAUCUCCCAUGGAAACAUCAAAUCUUCAAACAUUCUUCUCACAUCAUCUUAUGAAGCUUGUGUCUCUGACUGUUGCCUGGCUCAUUUUGCAAGCCCAACCUCUACUCCCAACCGUAUAUCCGGUUAUCGUGCCCCAGAAGUGACAGAUACUAAUAAAGUAACCCAAAAGGCAGAUGUUUACAGCUUUGGUGUAUUGCUAUUGGAGAUGCUAACAGGGAAGCCUCCAACCCAAGCCCUCUUGACUGAGGAAGGAGUAGACCUUCCAAGAUGGGUUCACUCUGUUGUUAAAGAGGAGUGGACUGUGGAAGUGUUUGACCUUGAGCUUCUCAGGUACCAGAAUGUUGAGGAGGAAAUGGUUCAGCUUUUACAGAUUGCACUUGAGUGUACUGUUGAGUACCCUGAUAAGCGGCCUUCAAUGGCUGAAGUGACUAGCCAAAUCGAGGAGCUUUAUAAUGCUAGCUUGAAGAAUGGAUUAGAUGAUAAUUAGGUGGAUUACGGAGUUUCUCUGCAGUAUUCCUCACUGGUAAAGUCAAGCUCAGUCAUGAUUACUCAUUUGUUCAUUCUUGGGGUUAUCCCAAACAAAAUUACAGGCAUCCUUUUUUUU